AUGAACAAGCAGGUGGUGCCUGGCGGCACUGGAUCUGGAUGGAAGGCGGUAGCUGAGCGAGUGAUGAGGCAGUACAUGGAGGCAACCGCUGGCUCCUACAUGGAGACGAAGGAGAUCGCGCUGGCGUGGCACUACCAGAACGCCGACCCGGUGGUGGGCCCGUGCCAGGCCAAGGAGCUCCACGACCACCUCGUCGGCCUGCUCGCCGACGAGCCGGCGUCCGUGGCCAUCGGCAGCCAGAUCGUGGAAGUGAACCCUCAGGGCGUGAACAAGGGCGUGGCGGUGAGGGGCGUGCUGUCGGCGAUGUCGCGGCGCGGGGUGGCGGCGCCGGACCUGGCGCUGUGCUUCGGGGACGGCGAGGCCGACGAGGACAUGUUCGAGGCCCUGGCGAGGUCCGGCGCGCGCCUCGCUGCGGGCGCGAGGGUGUUCGCGUGCACCGUGGGGAAGAAGGCGACCGAGGCGGCGUUCUACGUGGAGGAGCCCGCGGACGUGGUCGGCCUGCUCCGCGCCCUGGCACGCUGCUACUCCUACUAG